AUGGCAAUAAGAAAUGAUUUUAACAAAACAAUUAGAAGAAUAGCGCAGUUUUUUUAUUGGUUCCCAAAAUCACUGGGUAGCUCAAGAAGGAGAAAAAUCAAACUACUUUGGAAAUCCUCUGAUUGCAAAUACACAUGUCACUCUCACUGUCGAGACUUAGUACACCUGGACUGUCAGCAGAAUGGAAAACUGAUAGAAUGCAACUCAACAUAUGACACUUCCGCUGACACCAAUGAUGGGCUGGAUGUCCAGAAAGAAAGAGAAACUCACAGUUACCUCACCAAAGAAGCAAUCAAGGAAAAAGUCCAAAUGUACAAUUCAGAUGUUACAGACAAGCUAAAGAUGACAUUGAACUCCAGCGGAGUAUACACUGGCUUCAUCAAAGUUCAGAUGGAACUGUGCAGACCCAUCACAGUACGGGAUUCUAUGAAUCCAGGGAAACGCAUCAACAACCACCACCACAACGAGGCAACUUUCUAUUUGCCUAAUGGCUACAUGAAUACUCUUCAUAUCAGCAGUACUAACACUGUCCGUGAAGUUAUUGAGGCCUUGCUCAAAAAGUUCCUGGUGGCUGAUAACCCUGCCAAGUUUGCACUUUAUAAACGUUGUCACAAAGAAGAUCAAGUUUAUAUGUGCAAGCUCUCCGAAACUGAACAUCCUCUUUAUUUGCGGUUGGUGGCAGGCCCAAGAACAGACAUGCUUAGCUUUGUUCUGCGUGAGCAUGAAACUGGAGAGGUCUUGUGGAACGCCUUUAGCUUUCCUGAACUACAGAACUUCUUGCGUAUACUGGACAAGGAAGAAGAUGAGCAAUUACAAAACUUAAAAAGACGCUAUGCAGCAUACAGAGAUAAACUUGAAGAAGCCCUUGGUGGGGUUUGGAAACCAGGUUAAAAUGGAGCCAAAGAACACUCAGGAAAAAUGUGGAUUACCAAAUAUUGAGUAGCAUGCCAAAUCAAGUACCCAAAACAGGAGUAGUUGUCUCUUUAAAACAGAUGACCAUUUUAGUAUCAUAGAGGAGGUUCCGUAAAUUGACGUACUUGACGUCUUGCAUGUAGAAACAAAGAAAAACUGCAAUAUUUGCAGUUAUCUGUUGCAUGUGCUUCAUGAGUCUUUACCAGAUUGUGUCAUGCUAGCUGUGAUUGUAUGACAAAUCUGCUUUCAAAGACACUAUGAAACAGAGAAAUUCUUUGGUUUAUUGUUACUUGUUAUUAAAGCAAAGGGUGUGCAAAUGUAAAUUUUAUUGAAACCCCAAACUCAGUUUUGAAUAAGAAUCAGUGCACUAUUUGAUAUACAAAUUGAUUUGCACUACCUUUCUUCAAAUAUUUCUCUGUAAUUUUGCAAAACAAAUUAUUUUUAUAUGCAGAAGGGAUGAAAAAUGUGUUCCAAAUGUUGUGUAGAGGACGUUCAAGCAAUCUGAACUGAAGAAGGUAGAGGGGAAGUUGGAAAGAAGGGAAGAGGUAGAGAAGUGAGGAUGUAGAAACGGAAGAGAGAAAAAGUUGUUUUGCAAGUUGGUUAGUGUAUUGGAUAAGAGAGUUGAGCAUUUAUGCUGUUUUAGUAUUACUGAAAUUAAUAUAUUCAAUGCUAUUAUUGAGAUAGGAUUUACUAAAUAUAGUGGAAACAACUCAUAAGGACUAUGUUUCAUGAGUAAAACAUCAGCAUGAAAGAAUUAACCCAGAAUUCUUGGAAUUACUGAAUGUCCAAAGAUGAAGUUGAAUUUAUCUCAGCACAAACGUUUACUACUUAAAAAGAGAUAACAUAGUGUCAUCCUACAUCAAAGAAAGACAAAAUUCUUCCUUCUGUAUGAAGCAGGCUAGCAGAAAUCUAGUGUUUGUAUGUAUAUUACUUUGUGCUGUGAACAACUUAUCUAUGGUUUUAGUUUGUUUUAAACUGUAAGUGUUUCAAAAGCUGCCUAGGAUUCUGUAUGAUGCUAAAUUUAAAAGCAAGGUAAAUUCUAUAGGAGGUGAAGGAGGAAGAAUUUUGAUUCUGAGUAACUAUUUUUCCCCCAAAUGUUUUUUUUAUCUAAAGUAUGUAUGGUGAGUGAAACCAAAGAAAUGGGUGUGCAAUACAUAUUUUUAUAAAAAUGUAUAACAAUACAUGCUUUUAAGUUUUAUAUGUACAGCCACCCAGGGGAACAAUGAUUGACUUGGGAUAACUUUAAUUUAUAUACUUUAAUAAAUCAUGGUCAGCUGUUGCUUUCCCCUCCUAAUUAUUUGGAUAUUAAUUUUGAAAUUUCUGUGGAAUAUCUACCACUAUGGGGACACCUGGUGGGUACUAUAUUGAACACCAAGAUGUAUAUUCUCUUGGAGAAGAGUGCCUUCAUUUUGAACUUUGGCUGCUUUCCACCCUCCAAAUAUUGAAGUUUGAGGGAAAUUCUAAUUUUUAAAUUUGCCAAGACAAUCUUGAUAUAUUGAAAGUGUUACCAGUAAAUUAGAAGUAGAAUUAGUUACCAGAUAAUCAAUGACAUAUCUUGUUUGGAGUUUUAUUUCACGUGUAGUACUGUAGUACUUUGUGUGUGUCUUUAUUGGAGACAUAACCAAAAUCAUGUAGGAUAGUGGUGCAGGGAAUGCUUGACUUCGGUUAGAAUUAUUUUUCUACAAAUAUUAUGUCACCUGAUCAUUUUACACAUUUUUGCUCCCAGGUGCCAGCCACCCCAAAGCCCUUACCUGUGUUCAUGGAAGUACUAACGUUUAAACACUUCUUACUUAAAUGUCUCACCUAGUCAUGCACAAAGUAUGCACCCUAGCUCCCAACAAAGAGAUCGUUAUUGCAGAGAAAGUAUGCUUUGCACACAAUUGAGCAAUGCCUGUGGCAAGGUUUAUACAAGCAUUGCUUUUGUAUAAAGCAUCACCAAAGGAAAGGGCUUUUUCACUACAGCUGAGCUGAAAGUUUUCAGUGGAGCUGAAAAGGGGGGAGAGGUGAGGCAGUUUUCAUCCCUACGUUCACCAGUUUUGUUCCUACUUUUGCAUUUUUCAUUCACUCUCCCCACUGUUGGGUGCUGUUUCUUUUUGAAGUGCCACUUUCCCCCUUCAUUUCCAGAUAGGACUCAUUGCUUCUAAGGGCAUGGCUAGACGAGGGGGGCGAUCUCGUGAUUUUAUGACCAUGAGAUCAUCCCCCUCAGUCCACACGCGGAAGAGGACAUCGCACCCGCCAUCUUUAAAAAAAAGAAACAGGAGCUGUAGCUCACUAGCGCACCAGCGCAAAGGUAAAUGAUUUUUUUAAAAUAAAAGCCCCGACCCCGCUCCCCCCCCACCCCGAUGGGCACGGAGCACUUGCAGAGCUCAAUGCCCUGUGCCCAGUUCCUAGCGUUUACUCACGAGGAGCCAGGACUAUACCGGGAUGGCUGCCCACACGGUCUCAGGAUCAUCCCAGGAACCACAAAAAUGUGUAGGGCCAUAUCCUGGGAGGAUGCAGGGAUCAUCCCUCCCUGCUCGACUAUCGCCCUGUCUAGACAUGCCCUAAAAGCAUACAUCCUCAAGCCAAAUCAGAGUGAGGGCAGGAACAGUGCUUCCUACCCACUAUCCGUAAGCAGUUUUUCCAUUCCUGCGCUCUGAUUUGGAUUCAGAAUGGAUACCAUUGGAGUUAAGAGUAAAGCAGCCUUCUCCAACCUUCAGAUGUUCAGGACUACAACCUCCUAGAUUCCUGAUCAUUGGCCAUUAUUGCUGGGGAUGAUAGGACUCGAAGUCCAAAACAUUUGGAAAGGUACCAGGUAGGAAAGUUGGGAAAGAGUAAGAUAGUGAUGCUUCCUGCUUGAAAAGGCACUUAAGACAGUAAUGGUGCCCAGCAAUAGCAGAAAGAGGAAAUGCUGCUGCUGGUAGGUAUAGAGAGAAAUUUGCCCUGAUUUGUGUUCAUACCCUUUCACAUUCCUGCCAAAAUGGCCUUCAGGAGUGAGAAAGUGGGAGAGAGUACAUUUCAGCUGAGCUCUUCUGCCAUAGCCUGCAUGUGAGGGCAGUUAAAACCAACCCUAAUUCACUUAGGGCACAAUCGUAUGCCAGCUAUGGAAUCCUGUGAGUUGUUUAGACAGAAAAAGUCCUAUAUGCAUAGGAUUGCACCCUUAAUUGUAUUCAUGUCAUCAAAAGCUUAAUGUUUAGAACUUUAUGAUGCUCAGAUUUAAAUAUUGCUUUUGAAUCAAGAAAUGGCAAUGUACAUGUAUGUGAAUUUUGAAAAAUUAUACUUGAAUUUUUAUGUGUUUCUUUACUCAAAUCUUUAUAGACUAGAGCUUUGAGUAGGAAAAACAAGAGUUUGUAUUAGCCCAAGCAUUUUUAAACUUAAAAUACACUGGUUACUACAGCUAGUUUUUUUUAAUGUAAUUUAAAGUCAGUGGUGACCUAAAAGUUCAAUGUUUUAAAUGUAGGAUUUAAUUUUAAUUUUGUUUUAGUUUGAUUCAACCUGUCAAAAUUAUUGCAAAACUUAUUUGUUGACCAUUUGGUAAUAUCUGGAUGAAGACUGAAAUGAGGGGCAAUGUGGAAAACACUGAAAUUAUGUUUGAGGGUUUUUUUUUCCUUUUGAAAAACUGUACUAUUUAUUAUUCUGAAAAUCUUUUUUUUAUAUGGAAGCUUUGAUUCCCUUAGAAGCUCCUAAAAUAGCAAGUUGUUGUUCCAUCAUU